CGGUUCGUAGAUAUUAUACAGAAAAAAAAACUUACUCACGGUUUCCCAUAGUUGCACGAUCAUCGUAAUUGUAUAUGCAUAGUCAAAUAAAACCCAGUUCCCGAAUGAUAAGCCGCUCGGUGAUAAGCAACCCGCAAUAUUUUGCUACUCAUCAGUAUGAUCUUGACCCGCCGGGAACAAACUUCGUGUUGCGAUAAAACAUGGUUUUUACGGUUGAAAAAAUACGAUCGGAAAAGGACCAGCCCCGGCAGUUGGCCUACUCCUUCGAUGAAGCACUGGAACUCAUCGGUUUUGGUCGUGCCCAGGUACUGCUGGUGAUACUGUCCGGAUGUUCCAUCAUGGCAUCGAUCAACGAAGCGAUGGGUCUGAGCAUCAUUCUACCUGCCAGUCGCUGCGAUCUGGUUCUGGAUCCUGGCGAAGCUGGCAUGGUCGGAGGUGUCAUCUUUCUGGGAAUUAUGACGUCCUCCUAUUUCUGGGGAUAUCAAGCCGAUACCCGUGGACGGUUGGUUGUGAUUAAAUACGCUCUGAUGGCCACCUCGGUCUGCUCGGUGGCGUCUAGUUUUACCAAUGAUUUUGCGUCUUUGAUGGCACUGCGGUUCAUCACCGGACUGUUCAUUUCCGCACCGGCGGCUGUUGUUUACGCUUAUCUGGGAGAGUUUUGCACCCCUGCCAAACGGACACAGAUGAUAUCCUGUGCUAGUGUAAUGGCGGCACUCGGAGUGGUGUACGUUGCUCUGAUCGGUUGGUGGAUGCUGUCCUAUGAUUGGAGAUUCAAGAUCUCGGAUACAAUGGAGUAUAGACCGUGGCGGUUUUUGUUUAUUUUGAACACACUUCCGGGAUUCCUGGCCGCCAUUGUGUACUUCUUUUGUCCAGAAAGCCCAAAGUUUCUGCACUCACAGGGACGCCAUACAGAAGCUCUGAACAUUCUCAAACGGCUGUACUGCAUAAACCACAAGGUGCAAAAUGCCGAUGAAUACAAAGUGAAAGCUCUGAUUCCGGACAGCUCCACGAAUCAUACCGAAUCGAAGGGAAGAUUUAUCGACAUCCUCAAGUCGAUGAGGGAUCAAACCGUGCCGCUGUUCAAACCACCACUGCUGAUAUACUUCUUCGUCUGCUGCAUGCACAGUAUCACUGCGUUUGCCAUCUAUGGUGGCCUUGGACUUUGGUUUCCUCAAAUCAUGAAUCAAGUGACAUCCGCCAGUUCCCCGGAUGGAGUGCUCAUCUGUUCGAUUCUUCAGCCGAACCAAACAACUGAAAUUUCACAACCCAGUGUCUGCGAUGAUCACGUGCAGCAGAAUACUUUCAUCUACACGAUCAUGCUGGGAGGCUUCGGUGUUCUCGUUAACCUUCUGAUAUCGCUGGUUUUGGGUCGAACCAGUGAAAAAACCAUGCUGGUAUUCAACACGGUUCUGGCCGGUGUUGCCGGAAUUCUGCUGCAGUUCUUCACCAAUAGCUAUUUGGUGGCAUUUUUGUUCUGCGUGGAGAUCAUGUUUGCCGGAAUCUGUGUGAUGUUGGUGAACGCAGCCGCCGUGUCACUUUUCCCAACCCACGUACGGGCUAUGGCAGUAUCGUUGGUGAACAUGAUCGGACGAUUUAGCUGUUUCGCGGCCAGUUCCGUCAUCGGCAUACUGAUGGCGAAGAAUUGCCUAGUGACGUUCUACGUGCUGUCCGGUGUGUUGUUUGUUAGUGGAGGAUUGACAUUUUUGCUGCCUAGGAAAUGAUCUCAUUGCUUUGGGAUAUGUUCUAGAAAUUCGGUUUUCUAUUUUGAUGAUCAUCGUAAAAGAAUAUUAAUGAGUUCAAUGUGAAUACUUAGACUAUUUAAUGUAAGGGUAAGAUAAUUGUAGCACCAUUAAAUCCAGUCAUUAAAAUAGAACAAAAUUUAUCAUGCAUUAAAAUUACUAGGUGUUCUUUUUUCAUUAAACGAUUGACAUGAUUUGUAAUUCUUCGAAAAAACAUAUUUCAAUUUUCAACUAUUCUUAACAAUUAUGAGUUAGUGUUAGUUAUAUUCAUGCCAAAUGUAUCAAGUAAAUUCGAGCUAGUUGACUUACCUAACCAAAUCUAA